AUGUCAGGCCCCUCAACCCGAGCCGCUCGAGCAACCUACCACCCUCAAUCCGGUGCCCGCAUUUCCGAAGGACUCGCCCGAGCCCGGCGACCGUUCCGCACUCAAAACGCCAUCACCGGUGCUCUCAUCUUUGGCUUCGCGACCGCGGUCUACCUCUACUCGAUCCGCGCCGUCGCUCAAGACGACUUUUCCGACCUCGAUGCCCCCGUCCAAAGGGAGGGUUUGAGGAGUCUCGAGGAUGAACAGAAGGAACGGGAGAGACUGAAGGCGGAGAGGGCCAGAGAAUGGGAAACGAGCGCUGUCUCGACCACUUCGGCGCCGAUCCUUGAGACCGCUCAAAAGGUCGAGCAACAAGUGGAGGAAGGUCGAGGGUUGUUGAAUGGCGUGGUCGGGAAGAGCGUCGCUGGGAUCUUGGCCGAACGAGGGAUUUGGAACGGUAAAGGGCAUGCGUCGGCCAUCAUCCCCAAAGCACCCGACGUCGAUAGGAUCGGCACACUCUGGGACAACCGAGCCGGGACCGUCCAGGAGGGGCCGAAACUCGUUUGA